AUCAAAACAUGCUUGAUUUAUACUUAUCCUCAAGAUCUAAUUGUUUAUUUUUUGUUGUCCACAGAACCUGCCUGCCUGACCUGGUGGUGGCCAACCCGCGACUGUCUGACUUAUGGGGAGCCGCCACGUCAUUCAUCUCAGCCCUUGAUUGGUACCAGCCAAUCCUCAUCCACGAUGACUCGCCUCAAGCUCUCCAGCUGGCCCACAUCGCCUCCAGGGACACCAAGUACGACACCGUGGGCCUCUCCCUCUCCCCGCCAACCUCCCGAGACACCACUUCCAGAACCGGCUGAGCGGGAUCCUCCACACGGUGCGGAGACUCAUCUUCGUCUCCGGCACCGUCAACUUCGUGAAGGUGGUGUUCAGCCACGGCGAGGACCUGGACAUGUUCAACGGGGAAUAUAUCUGGAUCCUGCUUGACAUUCCCCUCCCAGGAAACCUCUCGGAAUCCCUGCGUCCAGGCCUCCUCAGUCUUCGCCCAGACUAUUUACGAACCCCCCAAAGACAGUUACUUGUAAACUUUGUUAAGUCGUCAAUAUCUGUGAUAUCGGAGUUUUUCAAAGAAACUAACAUGACGUCGUCGGCCGCCAUGCUGUCGCCGUCAGCGCCUACACAGUGUCAAGUGCCUUACAGGAAUCUGUCCACGAGUCAGUUUGAAUUACACAGACAACUCAAAGAGAAGCUAGAAUCAAGCAGAAUAUCUCAGAGAUCAUUACCAGGUGUGACUCCUUUUUUCCACGUGGAGAACCUGGUCAAAACGGGUGCCAGUACCCAGUGGAAGCGGGUUGGGUACAUCAACGGGUCGGAGGUGCAGAUCAACGCUAUUUUCUGGCCCGGGAGGGGAUACAAGGGUGUCUCGGAGCAGAACAAGAGGCUACGGGUGGCGCUAGCAGAGGCCCCGCCCUUCGUCAUGACCUCUUCCCUCAUCGAGAACGCCACCUGCCUACUGGGGAUCAUCUGCCUAAGAGUGUUCUCGCCGGAGGUAGCGGCAACCUUCGCGGACAUGGAGCGGGAGGUAGUGAACGCCUCCAGGGGCUACGAGGUGGUUUGCUGCAGCGGCCUCUCUGUCGACCUUAUGAUCAACGUAGCCACUGACCUUGAAAUUGAGCUGCAGGUGUAUCUGGUGAUGGACGGCACCUUCGGGGCGCCGCGCACCUCUGGCUGGACGGGCAUCGUCGGGGACCUGCUGGACGGUUCAGCGGAUCUUUCCUUCGCGCCACUCUCCGUCACCGCCCAGAGAGCAAGACAUCUCGACUUCUCUGACCCUUACUUCUUCUCCUCCAUAUCCAUUCUCUCGUCUACCAAACAAAUGGAGGUCCCCUUGCUGGCCUUCCUGGUGCCCUUCAGCCCCGAACUAUGGAUCGCCAUUUUCGUCUCCCUCAACAUCACUGCCUUCAGCGUAGCCGUGUACGAGUGGCUCAGUCCCUUCGGCCUCAACCCCUGGGGACGACAACGGUCCAAGAACUUCAGCUACGGUUCAGCGUUGUGGGUCAUCUGGGGGCUGCUCUUCUCCCACCUGGUCGCCUUCAAAGCCCCCAAGUCGUGGCCCAACAAGGUACUCAUCAAUGUGUGGGGUGCCUUCAGCGUCAUCUUCGUGGCCUCCUACACCGCCAACAUCGCUGCACUCUUCGCCGGCCUCUUCCAGACCCGAGACCACCACGGCAGAAACAUCUUGUCGCUGCGGGUGGGGUCAGUCCGGGCAAGCUCCGCCGAAUACUACGUGUCCAAGAUUAAACCCGACCUCUGGGAACACAUGAAGCCAAACCUUGUCAAUGACUUCACCAAUGGCCUCCAUCGUCUUCGGUCUGGCACGCUGGACUUGAUGGUGGGUGACUCGGCAGUGCUGGACUACCUGCGAGCCAACGACCCUGGCUGCACCCUGGCCCGCCACGGGGAGGACCUCGUGUCAGACACCUUUGCCAUCUCCAUGGGAAAGGGCUUCCCCCUAAGGGUGAAGAUCAAUACUAUUCUGGCGAGAUACUUGGCGUCGGGUCACCUGGAUCACCUCAAGCACAAGUGGUACGGAGAGCUGCCUUGCUUCAACAGGAUCUCCGCGGACUUGUACAAGCCACAGGCCCUCGAGAUCAGCACGGUGGGCGGCGUGUUUCUCAUGCUCACCCUCGGAAUCGGGGUGGGCAUCUUCCUACUGUUCCUGGAGCAUCUCGUGUACCGCUAUGCCCUCCCUACACUUAGGACCAAACCUAAGGAGUCCGUGUGGCGGAACAGAAACCUCAUGUUCUUCAGUCAGAAACUGUACAAGUUCAUCAACUGCGUCGAGUUGGUCUCGCCGCACCACUCAGCCAAGGAGCUCGCCAACAGCCUCCGCACUGGCCAGAUCAUGGGGCUGUUCCAGAAGUCCGUCAAGAGGAAGGAGAACGAGCAGAGGAGGAGGAGGAAGAGUAAAGCGCAGUUCUUCGAGAUGAUCCAGGAAAUCAGGAGAGUACAAAAGGAGGAAAGAGCAGAGCAGGUCAUCCCUCCGCCCACCUCAGCCACCAGUACCACGGUCACCGAGGACUCCAGGAGGGGGGAACCGACCCCGUCACACCCCCUGGAGGCCACCCCAGCUCCCCCGUCACCCUUCUCCACCACCACCACCGCCACCACCCAGGCCCCUAUCACCAUAGACUACCUCCCCGGGCCCAACCCCCAUGAAGACUCCGAGGGCAUUAUAGUGGUCAACAGCUCCGUUCCCUUGGGCUUGGUGGAGGAGCUCACCAGCAAAAUAGGCCACGAGGAUGUGGAGAUAGAGGAGGACUCAAGCUCAGGGAUACUCAUUCUAAAAGUCAGUGACCCCGAAGAAGCACUCGAGGCCAACACCUUUAAUCAACAGUUAGAGGACACGCAGACGUACAAAUUACAAGGCACAGCUGGGGAGUGCGAGAUGUGUACUUGCUCGGUUCAGGAAGGCGGAGUCACACGUCGAAAAGAAUCUGGGGGUUGUCUAAAUUGCCUCCAGCGGCAGGACAGUGCUAGGAUAGCACGGAGAGCCGCUGAUGGUACCUGUUACCCAUGCAAUACCGUGGCCAGUACCAGGGAAAACCCCCUGGGUGCUUACCCCAUCAUAGUGGGGACAGCAAACGGUCUGCGUCAUAGAGGCAGCGUCCCUAACCCUCCCACCAGUCAUCUUCCUUCACCCUCCCUUCGCCCAGCCACCGCUCCCUCCACGGCCAUACCUUCCCCUGGAAUCAUGCAGCAGGCAGACGUUCCAGAAAUCCUGGGGCACGCCACGAGGUCCUUGGAAGAUCUUGAGGCUCGGACAAGACACUCCUUAGGCGAGAAAAGCUACGAACGUGUUCGUCUGCUUCCUCUGUCGCAACAAACUGCCAUCCAGUCGUCUGGGUCACUGCAGCUGGUGGCGGCCCUUUCCCCAGGUCGAGAACGGGUCAACUCUGACCUCCUGCGUCACGUGAGCAAAGCUGACUUGUGGCAGCUGUGGCAGGACUCUGAGAAAGAACUUAGAGUUAGACUACGGCAAGCAGAGAGUCAGCGAGACGAGCUCCUCCGCCAGAUGUCCAAGGCAUCACACAGGGACCGUCACCCGCUGACUGAAGGCUCGAGUGAAGAGUGGGACAGUAAAUCUUUGGAAGACACCAUGGGAGACGCUAAGAAGCUUUAUGCAGCGGUACCCCAUGUGUCCAGGCGCGCUGAGGACAUAGGCGACUUCCCAAGGACAGGAAGGAGGAUGAGCAGAGAGCGACGACCAGAUGAGACGAGACUUAAAAACACUAGGAGAGAUUCUUCCACGACCCCGAGGAAGAAAAAGCGACAAAGAUCUAAAUCACAAGAUUACCUGGAAACCAGGAAGAGUACAGAGUCACUAGAGGAGAAGAAACUUUACCCGAAAGUCGAGGAGCGGGUUAUUACCCCACGCAAGCACAGCAGCAGGAGGAAAAGAGAUGGAAGCCAGGACCGCAGGACAGAGUCGGAAGAAGGCCAGACUCUACCGAGACAACGACCAGUAGUCCACCGUUCAUUCGAAGGUGCGAUUGAUAAGACUGAUUUGGUGGAUCCUCUGGGAGAAUACUGUUCCACGCCUCUCCCACUGCUGCGCUCCCUUCACCAACAAUCCAAGAGUGACAGUGAGAGGAAUUACGCUUUCCUACAAUCCCUAACACCGGAGCGAAGAGACGAAAGACUGCCGCACGAUACCUACACUGAUCACAUUCACCUGAAAACAUUCUGCAGAGAAAUAAAGGGAAGAGGCUGUGAGAGUGACGAGCAGACAGAAGAGGACAGCCGGCUUAAAAGGUCCGAUGAAGAGAGACUGUCGAUAAGAAGGCGGCGAGGGUUGCAUCACGGGGUCGGCGGACACGUGGAGUCUCAGACGCGGAGACCCCGGGAGAGACAUCCGUCACGGGAGGCGUACGAGGUUCCGCACAGGCGUGAGUCAUCGCUCCAACGAGACACUAGACAACCGCUGCACAGGAGACCGUACGAGAGAGAAGCGGCCAGGGAUCACACUAGCCCCUACUCAGGAAGCCAUCGGCAGCAGCAACCACCACCACCAACACAACAACAACACGGAGUCAGGAGACACACAACCUACGACAGUUCGUCUGACCCGGAGGAUCCCAUCUACGCAGCGGCCCAGGCCCUGGAAGCUGGGUCGACGCGGGAGGCUUUGGGAAGGAGGCAGCCCUCUCAGCACCCUUACCCACGAACCUACGAAGGAAGAAGAAGUGGAGACCGAAUGGAGGAUCGACGAAGCAGCGAAAGGAAAACGUUCAGGGAGACGAGGGAGCCGCCGUGAGCACACCUCGGAGUGGCCCGCCUGGCUCCUCCACUCAUCUUCCUCACACACACACAACUCUCAUAACAAGAUCAUCCUUGUUCCGUGCAUCUCUACUCAUCGCCAGUCAUGUUACUUGUUGAGUGAAGCAGCGAAUAUAACGCACAUUGUUUCUUACUACAGUUGUAAUAACGCUCAUAGUUUUCGCUCUGAUGCCAACAGCAGCCAUUUUUUGCAAAGCAUUUACUUGUCCAGUUGUAUAUACGUGAUGGGAAUAUAGUGCGCUUAAUUUGAAUCACUUUGGUUUCGUGCUAUCUAGGCGGCAUUGUUCGUGGUGACUGAUAUAACAUGCCUUUACUAUGCAUUGUCGAAGUUCGUUGACAGCUUUGUGAACAAUUCCUUCUAACCAAUUACAUUAUUAUUAUUAUUAUUAUUAUUAUUAUUAUUAUUAUUAUUAUUAUUAUUAUUAUCAUUAUCAUUAUAUUAUUACAAUAUGGCGGUGGAGCCUUUCCCUCCCCGCCUGCCACUCCUGCUCCUGGGGUGAAUCAGAGUCUUUAUUUAGCAACGUUCUAGAAAGUCCUUUGCUGCGGGAGCUACACAGGCUGUCUGGGUUUGUUACGUCGGUCUGCGCGGCGGCCCACCCUCUUUCCCUGCGCCCCGCCAGCCGACUUUAGUUAGACUUUUAAGCAUCAUGGAGUUAGCAUGUUCUUUUUCCUUCGUUGCUGAUGCGUAACUUUUUUCGAGCAGGAGGAACGUGGUCGUGUGCAAGGUCAGGCCUUAAACAAAAAGAAACAAAGAAAUGUGUCGGUAAUUCAUAACUCGCCUCAAGCACUCAGUCGUGGGAGCGUGAGCGUGGGAGUGCUGGUGGUGGUUGGUACGGGUGUUCCCCUGACAAUGGUAGUGAGUCUCCAAGAUAUCUUUUUAUCUCAUACUUUUAAGAUAAUCAUAAUCAAAUAUUGUACAUAAAAAAAAAAUUUAAAAAACAGUAUUUUGCUCUACGUAUUUGUCAAACGAGGGACAAUAAGGUCACUUGUAAAGCAGACAGCCUUCAAAAGCUUCCUAUUGAUCUGUACUUCCUGGACUGUUUGAAAGCAGUACUGGACGGGGCCUUCCGUGUCCCUCGCCUACCGCCGCUAUCGCCGGGUUGACCCUCCACCCUCCACACCCACCUGCUGACCACACGGAAGCGGCAACAAUAAGGUUAUUGAAAAAAAAAAUGUUAAUUAUAUCAAAUCAAAAUCCUGUCCAGAUAUACAAUUCAUUAAAGGGAAUCAAGAGGCUAUGAACCUUCCCCUCACAGACUGUCACUUGUUUCAUAUCGAGUCUGACGAGCCAGCGCUGGACACACGAGGCCGCUGAGGGUCUGCAUCACAACAUCGCGGUGUGACGUCACUGUUAAACUCACUUAAAAAAAAAAGAAUGCCGUAUUGUGUCAUUUAAAUGGAAGCUCCUGAAGGAAAUUCUAACAAAGUUGGUGUUACGUUUGAACUACGGGUAAGCUGCAGGUGAAUAUGAAACUUAGCAAUCUGUCUAACUGCCAAGGCGUCAUGGAAGGUUGCAGGCGCUGUAGGACAUUGCUCUGUACGUCGGCCACUGAGGGAAGGCUCCAAUUUUUCAUGAACUGUGUGAAAACAACGGACGAAUCGGAUGCAUUUUGUAGGUUUUCACUUCUUCCACUCCCUCCCUCCAUUCCUCUUGUUUACACCUUCCACCUCUCAUAUUUUACAUCCUCUAUCUCUCCUAAUCUUUCUCUCCACUUCUCCCAUCCUCCUAAUUCUCCAUCCCUCCAGUCUCCAUCUCUCGCCAUUCUCCUCCCCUCUACUUCUGCUGCUCUCUUUUCCACCUCACCUCUACCAUCUUCCUCAUCUCCACAUCAAUUCCAUUCCUCCAUUCACUUCUCCUUAAUCGAUGUUCUUCAGGCUCGAUUGAAGGGAAAAUCAUAUAUAUAUAUACCUUCCUUACCCAGCGCAUACCAUUUCAGCCUCACUCUUUUUCCUUCAUGCCACGAUACAUUACGUUCCAGGCACUCUUCACACUCACUACUCACGUAUUUCUUAGGUGGUUAACUAACUAGUACGUGUUCCUUACCUAUACCAACAUUCACGUUUCAGUCCUUGUCAUCUAUAUUAUUUUUCUUUCACGCUUUUUAUGGUUUUUCUCCUUCUCCUGCCUCUCUGUGUUACCUGAUUCAUCCCUGCAUCCAAUUCUUCCCCCUCUUUCGUCCGCUGUCAUUCUCCGACUGCUCAAGGGCGCGGUGGUGCAAGCUGAAGGAGUCGUCAGGACACACUAAGUUGUUCUGACGUCCCCACCCUCGGCUGGCAUUCACUCUUAGUGGCCGACAAGGAAAGGAAAUAUUUAAAGGGAACUGUGGCUUGAAAUAAUAAUGUAAAUUUAAAACAUACAAUCGCCUGAUAUAUUAAGUCAUUUUGUUCUGAUCGAGUGUCAUGUGGGCGGCGCAGGAACAAAGCAGGACUCAGAAAUGGACCAGUUACCGUACAUUUUAUUUAUUUAUUUAUUUUUUUUUUUCGUCGUAACCUUGUGUAAACUUUCGGCCAUUUUCGUGACGAAGAAACAUGUUAUCGUAACUAUGUAGUGUUAUCAAAAAUAUAUAAGUUAAAAACUCAUCCAACGUGACAAGGGUGGUGUAAGUGUCUCUUUCGGUUAACUUGUUUGUGAAAUCAAAAACCUUGGUGCGGUACUCGGGCGCCCCAGCCACCCAGUCUGCGCCGCUCCCGGGGCGAGGCGACAACCUGCUCUGCGAAACUUGAUCCUCUCGAAACCUUUCUCUACACAGCAUAAUUUGUAUGAUUCUACAAAUAAAUAUACUUACAUACACAUUAUUAGAAUAGGUUUUUGAUAAAGCUUGUAGUACCGUACCUAAAUACUAUGCGAGUGAACUACGUCUUUUAUAGCUGAAACGAACGGAAAAAUUGAAUGAUCUUGGUCAUCCACCGUGGUGAACAGUUUCCUACGCUCCGGGUCUUGCCUCUCCCAGUCGGACUUCUUCACGAGAUAAUCAAAAUGCAGUGAAUACCCUGACUGAGAAUCAAUAUUUUUGGUGCAUACUCUACUUGCCUUCACAAACAUUCCCUUCCCAGCCCCGUGAUGUGCCAGCCUGCCCGCCAACCAAACUAACAUUACACGCGUGCCUGCAGGAAAUACAAAUCACACAGAAAAGACAUGAAAAUUAUGCAGAUGAACGAAACACGAAAUCCUUAUCGCUAAUAAGUAAACGACAAAACGGAUAAUUCACCCUCAUUUACUCCACACCAAAUGGCAAACAGGUGAUUAAUCAAGCAGGCAUUCGCUAUAUUGGGUCAUCGGAAAAAACUAUAAAAGAAAAAUUCUCCCUGAAUAGUGAAUAUAGUUCCCAAAGACCCAAACCAAGUGUCUGUCCAUCACGCGAGGUGCGAACAGUGACAGGGAGUUCCUGGGUCCAGCUCAGUGGGACAAACCUAGAAAUUCACAACCCUGUGUCCUCUCUCACACGCCGGGGUGGGGCUGGAUCAUGUGUGGCCUGUCCUUGUUAGUCGCGCUGUCGUAAUAGGCAGCACCGUACUGGUUUUCCUUAUUUUGGACUUUCAAAACAACCUAACAAAACAUGAAUGUGAAAUAAAAAGCGGAUGACCAAAAAAUUUUGUUGUAGAACUAUACAACGUUUGAGUGCAGCUACUAUAUUUAGAAUUUUUAACCAGUGUUAUUUCCACUCCACUACCUGAGCGGAGUGAAUCCAAAACAAGCAACAAUAGUGACGCAGGAGUCCUGAAGCGGCUCCUCCCUGGCUCCUGCAGCCGCCCCUCCACCACGCUAAUCAUGCCCACUGGGAGCCUAGAGCCUGGCUGUCCCUGCAGCAUUAGUGAAGUUACUAACUCUCCUAUCUAGCAUGUUUUAGUUUGUCCUGUUUUGAUACACUUGAAUACACACUGCUUUGGGUCUCUGUGGCAGGGAGGAGGAUCACAAGAUGAGUGCGAGAGGCAGCGUCUCCUGCCGGGCGUUGGUGAUGCCGGGACUCGCCACAAGGCCACGGUACCGGAGCGGAUUGUUUGUAGAGAAGCGGAUUCUCUCUCAGCCCUCAAGGAGCAGACGAGCUGGCAAGUCAGGACGCAGGAGUCUGCAAUGCCUCCCAAGUCCUUAGAGCGCGUGUGCAAGUGAUCCACGACGAGUCACGAAGCUGAAACUUAACAAAUGCAAGUCUCCUUCCACCGCAAGUCCUGAAACGAUUUUCCUCACAAAUAUUUUGAAGCUCGAGGCAGCUUCUGUUUAUCGUUUGUAGGGGACGAGUUUGUAUACUACGCGAAAAAGGAGAAAAUGUCCUUUUUAUAUUACCAGGGGCGUUAAUGGUGUUCCUUUUUGCUAAUGCCAAUCAAUAUUAGGCCUUUGAUAAGAGGCCCAGCGGCCUCCGGCACACCCGCGCGGAAGGUAUUAGGCUCAUUCUUCUGUGUCCGCUGCAACGCUUUAUAGAGUCUUAGUAGUUAACUAUAGAUAUAAAGAAAACUAUAUAUCGACUUGUCUUGAAAAUGGAAGGAAAUUAACUCAGUCUCAUACAGUUAGGUUGUUUAUUGUUGAUGUACAUAACAUACAUGGUUAUUUCGCAAACAAAUAAAGUUUCAUGACGAACUGGAAAA